AGGUCCUUUAUUACAUAGACAUGGUUUAUGGUCACUACUCUGGCACCCUCAAACUGCACCCUUCAUUCUCUGUCAUAAUCAUAAAUUCAACCGUGUAAAAAGGCUUUUACCAUUAUUCCACUCCUUCCCUUCACCCCUCGCUUUUCAGACACCAACCUCUGUCUGAGGUUUAUUAGGAAACCCUCCCUCCCCACUUUAUCAAAACCUUUUUGCUCUCAACUUUCUUUCUGCCUUUGGUUUUGGUUUCACACACCUCCACAAAAUGGAUGAAUGGAAGGAAGACGCACACAUUCCAGAGUUUGGGAACUGGGAUUUAACCAAUGACUUCCCAAUCACUCGCUACUUCGAGUGUACAACACAGCCCCGUCUGCUUCGUUACACCUCUUCCUCCGCUGAAACUCGUCUCCACCACAAACCUCCUCUCCCCCUCCGAAAUCAUACCAAACAGGAUACGAGGAACAAGGGAAAGAGGAGCCCGCAUGGGAAUGCUAACAAAGGAAAAGUGUACGUAGUGAAGGAACAAGCAAGGAAGACUGAUAGAAGAAGGAAGCAUAUGCAGGUGCAACAAGACGACACCGUUCCGCGAACUCCCAAACCCGUUGACGAAGAUCUCUAUAAGAUCCCUCCCGAACUCCUCCACACUUCCAACAAACGGAAGAAAAUUAUGGGGUUCAUUUCCAAGUGUUUUGUACAGCUUUCGUGUCACGAGCACUGCUAAGCUGGAGUUCUUAUGAAUGUGUUUGGAUGACAGUGAUGCGUGUUGGUUUUUAAUAAGGGAUUAAGAAGCGAAUGUAUUUUGGUUUUUUAAAUUUAUGUUUUGAGUGGGUAUAUUAUAUAAAGUUUCGAAUUCAUUGGAUGAAGUGAGAUUAGGAUGAUUCUGAUACGUGUUGUAAGCGGAGUGAAUGAAUGUCAGAAUGUCUAACGUUAAUUAAUAGUAAUAGUGAAUGUAGCUGUUGGUGACGGUUGUGUGGUGUCUCUUUUAUUGGAAUGAUGCUCUUGGUUUUGGUAGGAUGAUGCAGUCAUGCAUUAACUACUCAUUCCAUCUAUUGUCACUUUCACCAAGCAAACAUCUUUUCUUAGCCAUGACAACACGGUGAAGCAUGACUAGGUGGACCACAAUAUCCAUCCACACUGUCGGAAAUCACCUCGCACAUGUAGUUUCGUUUUUGUUUUCCUCUUUCUCUUCUCAUCUCCAACACCCUUCACCGGAGAAGCAUGUAAGCCCUUCUUCCGUCUCCGUCAUUGAUGGUGACUUCAACAGCACGGUUGCUCCUUCACCAGCUCUUCAACGUAAACCUAGAUAUGGAUCCGACAUCAAUAACAUCAUCGGAUCGUACUUCAACAUUCUAGAAGCGGCAUAAUACCAAACUUGGAUCUCUAUGUUUGCCAACAAAAACAGAGAAAGGGAUUUCAACAGUGACACCUCCAAAAGUAAAAGUGGGAGAAACAGAGAGAGAGAAAAAAAAAACACUAAAAUCGUUUAACAAGUUGUAUUAAACGUGCAGAAAUAAAUUAAUCAGGCUUCUUCAAGUUACCGCUAUC